CGAACUGAAAACGGGAGAGUGAAAGAAAAAAAACCGUGUUGUUGUUGAGAAUAAAUGUGUGUGAAUUUGGUUGCUGCAUUUCGCCUAUCUUCCUUUAUGUCAUCAUCAUCAUCAUCAUCGUCGUCGUCGUUGUGCUGCUUUUCAACGAGAAAAUAAUCUCGAUACAGCACAAAGCACCAGUGCACUACAAGAUAUUGUGUAGCAAAUCGCUUGUUCCAUCGUUGUUCGGUAUUAAGAGCGAGAUUUCGCUUUUUCCAUUUUUUUUCAUUCGUUCGUUCGUUCUUUCUUCACUUCUUACGCCUCGCCUCCGUCGUUCGCUUCAAGCAACUGUGUUCAACCGUCGCAACGGGUCCGGUUGCCCCAUCAAACAGACGUAAAAUUCUUCGAUAACGGCACACACAACACACAUACGCUGCUUACAACGACGCACAAAUCGUUGAAUCUCUGUUUAUAUUUUAAUUGAAAAUAUUUUUGUAAAAUGAUCUUUUGAUUUUGAAUUGUUGAAAUCAAACACAUUUCCGGUUAUUUCAAAUCGGUGCUCGAUUUUCAGUGCACUCAUCCAAUCAUACCUUGACAUCAUGGAGAUAUCCGUGAGAACAAUGAUUGCCGUGGCUUGGAUUGCAUGCAUUUUUACGGUGGCAUCAGCUGGUAAUUUUCGAAAGCAAAAACGGACAUCACCUGCAGCUAUGAAAAAUUCAACGCUUGCCAGAGAGAUUUAUUUAACGCAACAGCACAUGUUGCAGCACACAAGACACCAUAAUCUGGUUGCGGAUAAAACUAAAGUGAUGAAACAUGAUGAAUACGAUUCCAAUCAACUUGAGAAUACAAAUCCACCGCUACCGAUGAAAUACUUCCCAUUGAAAAGUAUACCACUGUAUCAUGCACACUAUCAUCAGCAUACGCAUAAUGCCAGCAAUGGAUUGAUGUACGAUACAGUGCGGAAUAGAUCGUCCAUCAGGAAAAGAGCAUCGGCGGGUGAAAAACUAUCAACCAACAUAACCAUGGUUCUCGAAAGUUUGUUAAAGUCAUACAAAAGCAACUACUUACCAACUCAUGGACAAGGUGUUCCUACGGUGGUGAAAACGAAUAUAUUGAUUCGGAGCAUGGGACCCAUUUCUGAGCUAGAUAUGGAAUAUUCGAUGGAUUGCUAUUUUCGACAAUACUGGAGAGACAGCCGGCUCAAAUUUGAGGGUCCAAUGAAAACGCUAUCGUUGAGCAUAAAGAUGCUUGAUAAAAUUUGGAAGCCAGAUUCAACCUUCUUCAAUGGAAAACACUCAUAUGUUCAUACGAUUACAGUGCCAAAUAAGUUACUUCGACUAACUCAAGAAGGGGACAUUUUGUAUUCGAUGAGGUUAACAAUCAAAGCAUCGUGUCCAAUGGAGUUGAGGAAUUUCCCAAUGGAUCGACAGUCGUGUCCACUGAUUUUAGGAAGUUAUGCCUACACGAAAAAUUCGUUGGUCUACGAAUGGCAAAGUAAUGAAGCGGUCAAUUUUGUGCAGGGCAUGACGUUAAGUCAAUUUGAUUUGAUGAGCAUGCCACAAAGCAACUACACAUACACUCGUCGCGAAGGUGAAUUUUCAGUGGUUCAAGUCUCUUUCAAUUUGCAACGUCACACGGGAUACUUUUUGAUUCAAGUUUAUGUUCCUUGUAUUUUAAUUGUGGUUUUGUCAUGGGUAUCAUUUUGGAUUCAUCGAGAAGCAACCAGCGAUCGUGUAGGCUUGGGAAUCACCACUGUUCUUACACUUUCGACAAUUAGUCUGGAUUCGCGUACCGAUUUGCCAAAAGUGCGAUAUGCCACGGCACUCGAUUGGUUCUUACUUAUGAGCUUCUUUUAUUGCAUUGCAACGCUAUUGGAGUUUGCCGGUGUUCAUUUCUUUACGAAAGUUGGAAGUGGCGAGAUUCCGGCGUUGACCGAUGAUGAAUGGGAGGAUAUAGCGGAGACAGUUGAACAAGCUGGAUCAAUUCACGUUCAAUCAAGGGAUAUAUCACCAAGUCAAAAUCAACUGCUAGGAACGCAAUCCACUUCGGCACGUAAACGCAAUUCGAUCAUUUGCCCCAUUUAUAAUCAGGAUCCAACAAUAAUGUUUCCACCGACGUCGUCGCAUUCAACCAUGGAACGGACAACGCAAACCGAACCGCCAAGAACCAAAAAAUGGAAGCAAAUUUGGCUAUGUUUCUUGGGCGAUGACAAAUUCCGCAGACAAAGACAACGUGAAGCUACGGAAAAAAGCGGAAACAAAAAGCGAUACAUCAAUUCGGUUUCAUUAAUUGAUCGCAGUGCUCGCAUCGGCUUUCCACUUUCAUUUGGAAUUCUAAUUCUACUCUAUUGGCUGAUUUAUGUCACUUAUCAAGAUGACUUUCCAUUGAUCAAGCAACAAGGACGUGCACAGUAAACGUUUUUUCAAUCGCCAAUCACCAUAAAAUUCUAUCGUGCAUGUGGUUUCACUGAAAAUUGAAACUGUUUCAGCUAGUAACUAGCUGCUAGUUCUGAAAAGUUAUACUUCGUCAAAGCCGAAAUUAUUUAUUUAUUCAGACAUAUAUUCAUAACAUAGCACUAUCCUACCACCUAAUCAAAUUUUAUUCAACUCAAGCUAAUGCUUUAGAAUUAUACAUUAUAAUACGAUGUCAAAUUAUAUUUAAUCGCACUAAAUAGCCAGCAAAUGUCUUUGAAUGUUCGUUGAAAUCAGAAUAAAAUAAUGUAAAA